UUUUAGAAAGCGGCUUGCAUUCGUUUGCACCUCUCUAAUUAUGGAACCUUUAAGUUUGGAAAAAUUAUGCUUAUCGUCUAUAGUUAAUAAUUUUAACAUUUUUAAUUAUGCAUAUUCUACGUCUGAGGAUGCACCUCUCCUGAGAAAUUUGCAAUUUUUGCAGAAACGUUAUUCAACUUAUCUGAUAGAAAACCUGAGUGAAACGAAAAAUUUAAAAUCAGAAUAUGUGAAAUUUUUAGUAAACAAAUACCUUAAGGAGUUUGAUUUCUAUAAAUUCCUUUCUCUCACUUGUUGGGAAGAACUUACAGAAAGAGUUGUUGAAAUUGCUGAGGGUCUUUUGAAAGUAAAGUUUGGUGCAAGAAUGUUCAAGGAACAUCGAAAAAAAGUGCAGGAAAUUAUAGAACGAUUGCAAAAUGUGGAAUGCCUCUGUCUGUAUAUACCAUUUGAAUAUGAUGGAAUUAUGGAAUACAUUUCCAAAUGUUGUCCAUAUCUGAAAGAACUGGACCUCCAACAUAAUGAUUACAUUAGUGAUAAAUCACUCAGAACUCUUUGUAGCGUUGGAUUUCCCAGCCUUCGUGUGUUGCGUUUAGAUAACGUUAAGAUUCGAGAUGAAACCAUCAUAUUCAUUCUAAAAAACAUGCCGUUUCUUGAAGUUUUUAAUACUCCUUAUUUGACACGGGCUUUGUAUUGUUUUCAUAAGAAAGAUCUCGCUGAAAACAAAUUACAUGCAGUUCAAAAAUAUUCAUUAACUGAGCUUGCAGUCCAUUAUGCUGGACGUGAACAGGAAAAGUGUCUAAGUAUAUUAACUGUUCUAUGCCCAGAAAUAAAAAAACUGUAUUGUCCUGUAGAUAACAAAGUAUCUAUAGAUUUAUGCUCUAAAUUUCUGAAAUUAGAAGAAUUGGAAUUGAUCAGUAUUCAUGACCGCAAUUCCAAAAAGUUACUUAGUUCUAGUGGCGUCAAUCCCUAUCAAUUAAACCCAAUGAAAUUAAACAAAUUUUUAAAAAUCCGAGGAAAAAAUUUAACUUCAUUGUUUAUUCAUGGUCUGGCAGUUUCUACUUCACUUUUGAUACAAAAUUGCCAGAAAUUAGAAAAGCUUAAUCUGAGCGAAAUUGACUUUCAUUAUGAGAAAAAUUCUUGUGUCCCUCCUUUGAAGUAUUUGAAAUUAUUGCGUAUUAGUACUGAUACUGAUAGUUCCUAUAUUAUUUCUCCCACUGCAGCGGAAUCUUUGAGUCUGAUAUUGGAUUCCAGCCCAAAUAUAGAACGACUAUACAUAAACUGUUUGAAAAUAUUAUCUGAUUUUCAACUGCGUAAUACAAUUUUGAAGCAUUGUGAACUAAAUACUCUAAAAUAUUUAGACUUCAGUUGGUCAGAUGUUGAUGUGAAUUUUUCAGCGUUAAUUCUAAAGUCGUGUUUAUCACUUCAAAAAAUGGAAGUAACCCUAAGUAAUGGUAAAGGUGUAUCUUCAGAGGAAUUUGAAAUAUUGGCUCAAAUAGCAUCUGAUACUAAAAAUUCACCUAAAAUUCAGUGGUAUGAUAUUGAUAAGAAUAUUUUGAAACAGUCAUGGAUCAUGUGAUUCUAUUGAAAGAAAAGAUGAUGAAUUUUAUAAAAAAAUCUAAUGAAAUCUUUUGAAUUUUAAAAUCAUGUUCUUUUACCAAUAUUUUGCUUUAUAUAUUAUGUGUUUAAAUGGAAUAUUAAAGAUUUGUUUUAAAUUAAAAGUUCUUUUAUGCUUAAAA